AUGAAAACGAUUUCGCUCGCGCUCUCAACAUUGCUCUUGACUACUCCCAUCACUCUCUUCUUUCCCUCUGCAGUUGGUCAGCUGAUUGACAUUUCCACCAACGCCAACUCAUCCGUAUGCUGUGUCGUUGUCAUCCAGUUGCUCAUAGUGGCUCAUAAUGCAGUGCUGUUGGUAGAUGACGUGCUGCAACCAGGGAAUAUUCAUGUCGAUCAGAGACAGUUUGAUGUCAAUAUCGGGGGAGAGGUUUGCUGCCAGGAGAUGUCCAGAUUGUCCAGAAAGCAAUCACCAGCAACAUCACCAACCUUUUGCGUAUUCUUGACUUGUAUCGUGGUUCCAACAAUGUCCUCAGGAAUGGCCAUUGGUUCAGUCGAUCAGGUUCUGCCUUGCGGUGCAAUCUUUGCUGUUGCUAUCGGCCGCUUCAUGAAGAAGAAACAAUCUGAGGUUCAAGACACGCUGGCACUUUCGAUUGCAAAAGCAGAGGAAGUUUUUUCGAAUAUCAGACUUGUACGGCAGUUUGUUAGAGAGGAUUAUGAAACUGACAAAUACAAGGAGUUGGUCGAUUUGUCAAGGGAUCAAUCGAUUAGUGUAGGAAUAGCAAACUCGCUCAUGGGAUCGUCGAUUCACAUCGCCUCGAACAUUUCUUUGGCAGCAGUUCUCGGAUAUGGCGGGCACCUUGUCCUGUCCAGCCACAUGACAGCAGGAGCUUUGACGUCGUUCCUGCUAUACUCGAUCUUCACGGGAUUCAAUUUCGGAGGGUUGGGGACAGUUUAUGCAGAUUUCAUGAGGGCGGAUGGGGCAGCCAAAAGGAUCUUUGAGGUCGUCGGAGUCGUCGGUAGCUCGGGAAGCGGCAAGAGUACUUUAGGUGUCCUCCUGACUCGCUUGUACGACCCUCAGGUUCCCUGUGGGUGUGGCGGUUUCCGAGCAAGCUCACAAUCAAUACAGGAUGCAGCUCUGCUAAGUGGAUCAGAAUCUGCCAGGUACGGGAAGAUGGCGGCAACGGACGAGGAGGUGGUAGCUGUCGCAAAAGCUGCGCAUGUCGACGACUUUGUCAGUCGUUUUCCUCAUGGCUACGAGACUCUCGUCGGGGAUCGUGGGAUUCAAAUCAGUGGAGGGCAGAAGCAACGAAUUGCCAUCGCUCGCGCACUGAUCAAAGAUCCGAAGAUUCUUAUCCUCGAUGAGGCCACAAGCUCUCUCGACCACGAGAGUGAAUUUCUGAUUCAACAAGCGCUUCAGGAGGCCUCCAAGGGACGAACGGUCCUCAAGAUAGCUCACAGACUGGAGACUGUCUUGUCUGCGGUGCGACAACUAUCGCCAUUGCUCUCCUUCUAA